AUGCCCGUGUAUGAGGAGAAGUUGAUCUCGCCGCUUGCGGUCAGAUUUUCACAGGAACAUGUGAGAAGCACCUUUCGAAAUGGAAUGAACCUAGAGGCAGCUGUGGGGUUGGUCGAAGUUCAAACCUUCCAGGGUCCCAAAGACCCACAGUCCCCACACAACUACGAUCUGUUGCUAAAGCCGCCCUUUCCAAACAUCGAAAUCGUUCGCUGGGCACCAGGAAUGCGGAACAAGCAAAGCAUCCCAAUGGAGUCCAUGCAGCAUUGGUAUACUAAGGAUAAUCGCAGGCUCUAUGUGCUGCAAAGGGCGGCUACCAAAUAUUGGCCCAAGAAAGUGGCUGUGGAAGCGGAUGUGCUCUUUGCAGUGCCCAAUGGGCUGAGGAAGAAAUAUGAUUCCUCCACUGCGGGUCUGCUAGUGGCAGUCGGUGACUCUGGGGAUUUUUCUCCCAGCACCUUAGUUUGGCAUUGGGGCCAUGCUGUGACGCAUUUGACUGGCAAAAAUGUGAACAUGGCCAAGGAAAAGUCGGCCUUCCAGCAGUUGAAGCAGGACGAUUUGUCCAGCAGCCUGGAUCAAUUGGUGAGCCUUGCCACGGGACGCCGCUUCGACCCACUGCACAAACUGCCGGGAUUCUCCUCCGACUCUGCCAGUGCUUCCAGUGAGCCGGAGGAGGUCGCAGAGGUCGGCAAGGCUGACAAGGCGCGAAAGGAGACGGUGAGCCAGGAGAAACAGGAGAAACAGGAGAAAGGUCAGCAAGGUCAGAGAGGGAAAGGAAUGAAAGGAGGAAAGAAAGGGAUGAAAGAUAUGAAAGAGGAAGAACCGGUGAAGGUCACGGAAGAGCACCCCAAGAACAUCAGGGAGAAGGUGAAGAACAGAAAGAAAAACAAGAGAGCCGCAAAGGCCAAAGAAAUUCAAGAAAGCGAUGAGUCCAGUGAUUCCAGUGAUUCUAGUGAACUGGACUGGUCACAAUGGUGGCCCGACUUUGACGAGCAUUGGGAAAGAGUGACGAAGUGCCUUGAUGGUGUUUGGAAAGGUCCCAAAGGUGAAACCUAUCAGAUGUGGUUCGAGGAACCGGGCGCGGAGGAGGUCAGAGGCUAUUGCACACGAGAACAGAAGAAGAGCAGCAAAACUUUCUCCGUACGCUAUGACUAUGGCACCUGUCUGCUUUGGUGGGGCACGGGCCGGCGGUUCUGCUUGGACCCAGAGGAGUUACGACGGAACCGGCGAUGUGCUCGAUGGUACGCUGCUGGGAAGGAAGCUCCAGAAUUUGAAUGGCUACUUGUCCAGGAAGACAGCGAUGACGAUGAUGAGGACGCGCCCUUGACAUUGGCCUUGAGCAACCCCAACCAGCUCAUCCAGGAGUUCUACAAAGAUCUUUUGGAUGAGGAUGGCUACAUCAUCAAGCGGAGGGCGGCAUUGAGAAAGCGGGCAGGGUUACGAGAUAAGGAUUCAAUGGUGCCACCAUUCAGCUUUGUCGAUCGGUUCUGCAAGGGCGAGACAGUGUAUGAAAUGGAAGUCAUACAGGAGGACAACAACCACUUUCUUAGUGAGUACUUGGCCCAGUUCGCUGACAAACUUCCGAGUGAUGGCGAAUCGGAGGAGGCUUUGAAAUGGGCCAGCAUCACGUACGGCCUCAACCCGCAACUCAAGCACGAGUCAGACCACAGGGUUUGGGCCAGUAUGGAGGGAGGUGUGCAACGUGCGCUGGCCCAAUAUGCCAUGACCCGGUUUCAGAAGGCUUCCAAAGCCCGGGGUGGACAUACUGAGAUGAACAAGCUCAAGAGCAUUAUACGGGCCAAAUUGCAGGCUGUCGGCAUGCUCAGCGCUUCUGGAAAGAAGAUUGCGACUAGAGGGCCAACAGCUAGAAAGGACCGAAAAGAUGAAACGGAAAAGAAGCUUGGGGAGGAAAAGAAAAAAGAGGUGGUGCAGGGGUCCAUCCGCAAGAUGAAACACAUAGACGAGCAAGAGACUUUACCAUACAUGGACAUAUCCUCACCACCAGAGGGAGACAUGACUGCAAGUCAGGAAGAGACGGAAGAAGAACCGUCCAAAACUGACAAGAAAGAUUCCAAAGAUGCAAAUGAGACUCAGGAGGAGGAAGCCAAGGACGAGGAGCAUGAGGCAGAAGAGGAAACACAAGAGGAUGAGGAAGAGGAGGAAGACGAAGAAGAUCCACCUGAGGAGGUUUUGAUCCCUGAGGCAAUGGUUCAGGAGAUUGAGGAGCCUCAGGAAGAUGAUAUGUUUGAGGAAGAAGUGCAGGAUAGCCAAGUUCCCCCAGAGCACAUGGAGCAGUCCCUUUGGGACGAACCAUGUGAGGAGACACAAGAAAACAUAGACCAUGAGACUCAGGAAGGCAAGACGAAGGAUGCAGAAAUUGAAAUUCAGGACGACAGCCCAGAAACUGGAAAAGAUGAAGACCCUGGAAGUGGCGCUUUCAAAGACACUGAAGGCUGUCUUGGAGUAGGACCCCAGGAGUACGCAAACCCUAAACUGGAGGAGAAGGCAGACAAGUUGGCAGAGAAGAUCACCAAAAAAGCUUCCUACACAACCAAUGAUGAUAUCAUCGUUGCUCAACGAAAGAUACGCCAGACUGUGAAAGAAGGUGAAGGGUGUGCUGAAGAAGGAAGCAUGGAAGAUGAGGACAGAAUGAUCCGUGAUGCUGAGGAAGAAUCCACAGAACAGAAACCACGAGGGAGAGGAAGAGGAAAGGGCAGGGGCAGAGGCAGAGGAGGCGCUGCCAAAAGAGACAAAUCCCCUGCAGAAGAGAACAAAGAAGAUGCAGAGACAGAACCUACAGUGAAGAAGAAGAGAAAGAGCCAAGAUGAAAAACAUAAAGUUGCAGAGAAAGACCGCAACGAGCAGGAGAAAGGCAUGGAGGAUGAUGACGAAACUGACAAGAACACCAAGAAGAAGAAGAAAGAAGACCGAGUGCAGAAAGGCAUGGAGGAGGAUGAGGACCUGGAACAGAUUGCCAAGGAGAAGAAGUUGAAAGAAGACCGAGGGAAGAAAGGCAUGAAGGAGGAUGAGGACCUGGAACAGAUUGCCAAGGAGAAGAAGUCGAAAGAAGACCGAGCGAAGAAAGCCAUGGAGGAGGACAAAGAUCCAGGACAGGGAAAGGGGGAGAUGGGAAAAGAACCAAAGACAAAGACAAAGCAAAGUCCGAUGAAAUUAGCAUCCGCAGCAUCCAAGCGGGUGGUUGAGCAACAGAAGGCGGCCCAAUCUGGUUCGGAGGGGGUCAGGAGAAACCUAGAAGAUGAGUUUGCUAUGCUUGCUGGGAAUGGCAAACCAAAGAAAGUCAAGAAAGUUCCAAAGUUUGAUGAAGAAGCUAUGGAGAUCGCAAUGGCAAAAGUGGCAAAGCUAUCCAAGAACUCACCUACCUUUGUUGUCCCUGCUGAUGUUCAGAAAGCUGUCGAAGACUUUGAAAGAACAGGGGAGUUCACGUACCCUCGCAAGUCCUUCACGCUCACCAUGCCGAAGGAUCUCGGAGCAGGAGCUGUGGAGGAACCUGGAUCGAUUGGAGUAGUGUUGGACACCCGUACCUUCUUUGUCUCAAAGGUUCCCAAGCAGCGGAUCUUGGAUAUCAAUGAGGCAUUCAAAGUCACCCCACCGUUGAAUGCCAAUGUGCGCAGAGGUGUAAGUUUGGCGUGGUCAAAGUACGACUAUGACAAAGCGUGGGAAAUCGCUGUGCAUCUUGCUGGCUGGGUCCCACUCGAUGACCCAGAUUCGGAUGAGGAUGAACUGGAUGGUGGAAAUGAGAGUGGUGCAAAUGACGAGCAAAACAACUCUCCUUGGGCCUACCGAUUGAAACACAAGCUGACACAGUCAGUGCGAAAGCGGGUUAAGAAGAACCAGCAAAAGAACAAGGCGUUGGCUCGGAAGUAUGUGGAUAAGAAUGGUCAGAAAAGGGUGUGUGGAAUCCCUGCUCAACUUCGUGCUUCGCAGAUCUACCCACCUGGAUAUGGGAAGGCUAUUUGCAGAUACCAUCGCAAAUGGCUAGCAGAAUCUGACUCCGUCCAAGAGCUUCGCAAUGCCAUGUAUCCACCUACCAGUGCGUUGCUGGACCCACAGCGCCCAAAUGUGACGAAGGCUCCCUAUGGUUGGAGGCACGCAGCCCUUUCUGAGCUGCGUGAGCUGCUUAGAUCUGAGAGGGAUGCCGGGAAUUACCAUCCGUUGCUGACUGGGGGCUUGGAUGAUUGA